AUGCCGGUUGAAGCUUUGGGGGCGGAAGAACAAUGUACAAGAAUGAUUUUCGGUAAGCUAAGACAGGUCGUUACUCAAAAAUUUGGGUAUGGGAUCAAAGAAAAUAGAGCUUUUAAAGUCGCUAUAAGUACUAUGAGUGCCAAAGAUUUGGAAAGAAUUAUAAGAAAUGGAGCUUUGUAUCAUAUAAAAAGAAUUUAUAGGCAAUUUUUUGCACGUGGUGAAACGGUUGUUGUUAGAGUAUCGGAAGGACUUUUGAAAGGUAGAAGGCUCGUUGGUAGCGCACUUUGUCCCUGGGCCUUAAACGAAGAUAAUCCUUACGAUGCAGCUUUUAAAUUAGGUAGAGCUUUCGGUCUCGAAACAAAAGAUCCAAAAGUUUUAGUGGAUUUUCUUAGGAAAAUAUCCGCGUGCGUUUUAACUAAAAAACAAAGCGUGGCCGUUUCCGAAACGAACAAACGAGAAUGUCUUCCGUUUCCAUUUUUGCCUUGCAUCGAACAACCAUCGCCGAAUGCUUUUCUCACUGAACACCCGUUGAAAAUUCUUGAAAAAAAUGCCAUCGCGAGCGACGUACCUUACAUUACUGGUAUCAACGAAAUGGAGGGAGUCAUUCUUUUGAAACCUGUCGUCGAUAAACUUCCACCGAUACAAGUAAUAGAAAAAGAUUUCGAAAGAUUAGUACCCAGAUUUCUCGGACUCAAACACGGAACGGAAAAAUCAAAAGAAGUCGCAUCGAAAAUUAGACAAUUUUAUUUUAAAAAUCGAAAAUUUGACAAAAAAACAUACAGAGAAUAUUGUGACUUAAUAACGGAUACGUAUUUUCUACAAGGAAUGCAUACGACGACAAGAUUGCAUUCAAAAUGGUGUAAAUCCCCCGUAUAUAAUUAUUAUUUUGUUUUCGAAGGGGAUUUUGGUUUAUUAAAAAAAAUUAUCAAUUUAAAAAGUAUUCCAGGUCCAGUUCAUGCAGAUGAUCUCGGAUACCUGUUUCACAUUCCUGUUAUUGGGCCAAAUACCGAUCCGAAAACACGCGAAAUGAAAUUCAGUAAAAAAAUCGUACGAUUAUGGACAAAUUUUGCUAAACACAGAAAUCCCACUCCUUUUCCAGCGGAUCCCGUUUUACAUGAUUUAAUAUGGAAACCUUUCAGUGAAGAAAACAGUGAUUGUCUGAUCAUGGGGGAUCAUUUUCAAUGGGUAGCGGGAUUAAUAAGACUUAUGAGAAUAUUUUUACGUUUUAUCAUGACUCCUCGAAUCGUAUGA